AUGAGUCAAGGUAAAGAACAAAAUGAUAGAAAAGAUGUUUUAGGUAGGAAGAUAUGGGAUAAGGAGUUUUAUAGAAGUCAUAAAAGACCUGGUAACUGCGCAGCUAAAUCUACGUCACCAUAUAGCAGUAAUAGCAGAAGGAAUUUAGCUGAAAUACAGUCAAAUUUAAAGAUCAGGGAGGAGAAUUUAGAUUUAGAUAGAGAUAUUGGAAAAGUUCAUAUAAUAGCAGAUAUUACAAAAAAACAGGAAAGUGUUGGAUUUUGGUGCAAAGUCUGUGAAUACUCUUCUCACGAUUCUCACUCUUGGGUAGCUCAUUUAAACAGUGAAAAACAUAACAGAAUGCUAGGUAUGACAAUGAUUGUUGAAAAAAAAUCACUUGAAUCUGUAAAAUCAAAAUUAGAUAAUUUAAUUUUGCAGAAGAAACAACUGAAACAAAAUGAUAAUAAUAUUCAAGUAGAUGAACAAGAUGAAAUGGAAAAACUAGGUUUCCCACCAAAUUUUUAUUCAACUUAA